AUGGAGUUGUUCUGGCUGUGGAUAUCUGCUUUGGGCUCUCUGCUGUUAGCGGAUAUCUUGUGGACUCUACCCAUCCAUCAGGAUCAGCGGCCAAGGCCUGAGGAUGUGCAGCUGGCUGAGGGCUACCUCAAGAGGUUUUACAACCUGAACCCCAGAGGCAGAGUGUCGGGAAGGAGGAUCAGGUCUACAUCAACCAUGGAGGAGAAGAUCAGAGAGAUGCAGAACUUCUUUGGUCUGAGAGAGACAGGUCAUUUGGACCCUAACACCCUGGAUGUGAUGAGGGAGCCCAGGUGUGGUGUUUCAGAUGUGGAAAACUUCAGCUUUUACCCCGGAAAGCCUAAAUGGAAGAACCACACCAUCACAUACAUGACUUCCAAGUACACCCCGGACAUGAAGAGCGAGGAUGUGGAAAGCUCAUUUCGUUCAGCCCUGAAGAUGUGGAGUGAUGCAGCGCCACUGAGGUUCAUCAAAGUAAACCAUGGCAAAGCUGAUAUAGUCUUCUCUUUCGCCCGCAGAACACAUGGAGAUUUCUUUCCCUUUGAUGGACCCCGGGGUGUGCUGGCUCAUGCCUUUCAGCCAGGAGAGGGAUUAGGAGGAGAUGUGCACUUUGAUGAAGAUGAAACGUGGACCACAGGGAGACAAGGUUACAGCCUGUUCGCUGUUGCGGCUCAUGAGCUUGGCCACUCACUGGGUUUGACUCACUCAAAAGACCCUUCUGCUAUCAUGUACCCCAAUUACAGGAAUCACAUUAGUACAAAGUACUCUCUGUCCAAAGAUGAUGUGCUUGGGAUCCAAACACUGUAUGGAAAACCAACAGAAAAAGUGGAAACACAACCAGUCCCCAAAAAGUGUGAUCCCAACUUUUCUUUAGAUGGAGCAGUUGUGAUUGGAAAUGAGAUUGUUUUCUUUAAAAACAGGUACAUGUGGAUGAGAACAACACAGACAACUUAUUGGAAUCGCCUGACAGAGAGCCACAGCAGCACAUAUUUACCGAGCAUCAGUUCUCACGUUGAUGCCGCUUAUGACAUCCCUGCCAAAGGCGUGGCAUACAUAUUCACUGGUCAUAAGUACUGGGUGGUUCAACAGCUUAAGAUGAGAAGUCAUGCUGGCUCCAUCUAUGAGUAUGGCUUCUCCUCCAGAGUCAGGCAGGUUGACGCUGCCGUGCAUAUCAGUGAAUAUGGGAAAACAGUCUUCUUCAUAGGAGAGGUUUAUUACAGGUAUGAUGAGGGCAGAAGAAGGAUGGACCCUGGAUUCCCCAGACUCAUCCAAACGGACUGGCCUGGAGUCCCGAGAAAGGUCGACGCUGCCUUCAAGUUACAUGGUAGCAUCUUCAUCUUCAGCGGGGCAAAAUCAUACCAGUAUGACUUCAGAAAAAAACGGGUGGUGAAUAUAAUUUCAGCAAAUUCUUGGCUAGGAUGCUGAUCCAGUGAUGAGUCACAGAAUUCAUUCCUUUAUCCAGUUAAGAAAAUGAAAUGAGAAAUGAUGGGAAGAGAAAGGUAAUAGUCGUUAAACUGAGAUAAUAAUUAUGUCUGUGACUGAACUGUUUUGAUUUUUGGAGCAUGUGUGCACCUGUAUGUAAAUUACAUCUCUUAUAUGGAACCAUGUAAACUACUGAUGACUUACAAUGUAAACUAUUAAAUAGACCUAAUGUGUUCAAAUCAUCUUAAAUACCUUACCUUUUCUUAUCUUUAUGUACUUUGGGAUGUUAACAUAACAGUUAUGAAU